AAGUUUGCAUCCAUUAUGGUAGGUGGCAGUAGUGUGCAUUACAAGAAAGAGAAGAAGAAGAAGAAGAAGAAGAAGAACAAGAAGAAGAAGAAGAAGAAGAAGAAGAAGAAGAAAAAGAAGAACAAGAAGAAGAAGAAGAAGAAGAAGAAGAAGAAGAAGAAGAAGAAGAAUGUAGUGCAUCCGUUGGAGUAUAAUAGUUCAUAUUUCCUUCGUUGUGGCGUCGCGAAUGAAAGACGAAACAUUCUGCGUUUAUUGUUUGUAGUUAUUGUUAUUAUUAUAGUAUUGAGAGACGUUGUUUUAACGCUUGCAUCGCCUUUCAAAUCAUCUCCUGCGAUGAACUAUACUGACAGUGACUCUGAUGGGUAUUUAUCCAGUGAGGAUGCAGAUUACGUUCCAUCAGAUAAUAACGUCAGCGAGGAUGACAUCAAUGAGUGUGAAAAGGAAGACCCUCUGCAUGAAAAUGAUAGCGUGCCACUUCCUGACAGCAUGGCCAAGAGGAAGGUCAAGAAAAAAGACAGCAGUUUGAGAAAGAGACCAAAACGUGUGGUGAAAGUAGACAAAGAGGAGAAGAAUGGUGAUGGUACCGAAGAUGUGGAAAAACUGUCACAAGUACAGAAUGAUGAGAAAGGUGCACAAAAGAAACAAUCCGAUGACCUCUGGGCUCGUUUCUUGUCUGAUGUUGCCCCCAGACCGAAAGCAUCGAUGGCUGGGUCACCAUCUCACACCACACCGGAGGCUAAUCCUUCUGCACCUAAUGUUUGUAUGAGAACUGAAUCACAGGAAUCAGAUCCAGCUAAAGUCACCAUCGUGAAAGUUUUUGAUUUUGCAGGAGAAGAAGUCAGAGUCAAUAAAGAAGUAUUAGCAGACUCCAGAGAAGCAAAGAUCCAUCUCAAGAGCCAGUGUACAAAAGAGAAGACAGGCGAAGAAAGUCCCACAUCUUCCAACCAGUCAACCUGUCCUGGCCCCAGUUCCAAACGCCCAGCAGGUAUGUCCAGUUUACUGAGUCGUAUUGGGGGAAAGAAACAAAAAAUGAGCACGCUGGAGAAGUCAAAGAUGGACUGGGAUGCUUUUAAAUAUGAGGAGGGUAUCACUGAGGAGCUGGCAAUACACAACAGGGGUAGAGAAGGGUAUGUGGAACGGAAGAACUUCUUGGAGCGUGUCGAUCACAGACAGUUUGAGAUGGAGAAAGCAGUGCGUUUAAAAAACAUGAAGUAUUCCUCAUAAAACGGGACUAUCAUAUUUCCUCUAAAGUGAGUUCAAAUGCUUCUUUGUCUCAAGUAUAUUUCGUUAUUCGAAUAAUAAUUGUCCAAGUUUGUAAUAAAUGUGAUAUCAAGGCCAAGUUUUUCUCUCUGUGUUAUAAACUUUACUCAUUGAAGUUGACAGCCUUUUUUUUAGCAGUGAACAUAAUCUGGUUUACGGCCAUGGAAAACCGACAAACAGAAUUUCAGGUCAACCCUUCUUCUAUUUUAUGCUGUGAUUAAUAAUGUUUCUCGGUUAUUAUUUCUGUGUUUGAAAUAACAUUGACUAUUUUAUUCAACUUCCUUUGUACCCUCCGCCGCCGACAAUUGUGAAUAAAGCAGCAGUCUCUCAUUGCCGAGUUGUUGUUUGGGCUAGUAAAAUCAAAAAUAGCAUUCUCAUCAUUUAUGAAUUUAUUGUGCGUUCAUAUGCCAAUAGUUCAUAGCAUUUACAUGAAACUCCAUCCUGCCUGUUGACACUUUUGGAGUGCCUUUUUAAGAGAAGAUAAAUACACUCACAAGUCAGGAAGCGACUUGGAGAUCUCAACUGCGCUUUCACGUUAAAAAAAAAAUGUCUACCAAAAGAGUGGACAUUGGAAUUUUGUAUGCUGGUCCAAAAAUGUCUGCCCAAUAAAACUCGCAGGAAUUGUUUAAUAGGCUUAAACCUUAAGUAAUAAAACGACAGGUGCACUUUGUGCCAUGUUUAACUACUCUAAUCGAAUUUAUAGGUUUGAAUGUUGGCGUAAAAAAAAAAACACCAUUGCAAAUCUCCAACAAAUUCAGUUUGGAAACUUCCAACCAAAAAGAAACAUCCAGACGCACAUCAAAGAUGGACUAAUAUUGUCAGUUUGACGAACGCAUUUGUUUGGUCAGUAUUUUGAACCAGAGGGAAGGACAAAUGCAACAAAUGUUCCCGAUUGAAUUUUGGUCCAAGCGUGUCCGUGUGAUGGGCCCAACAACCCCAGGGCUGAACAAUAUGGCUGAAAAGUGUAAUUUUAUAUUGAUCGAUAUCGUCAAGUAUUGAUUAUUCUAAAUUGUACAAAGUUUUUAAAAAAAAGACCUGGAGUAAAAGAGUUCAGUGUCAUGAUUUUAUUUUAACACUGAAAUUAAUAAAAGGUCAAUCCAAUUUUUAAAAAUAAACGGGUCAAAAUAAAGAUUGAAUAAACGUAUUUUUUUCAAGCUCUAAUGACGCGACCCUCCCUGGCACACCCCCUCUUCCAUCCUCUCCCCUCAGGCAGGAGGCUACUGAGCAUCUGGAGCAGUACCACCAGGCGGAGGAACACCUUCUUUUCAGAAGGUGUUAGAUCGUUAAUCUCUGUUAAUCCUUUGAACACUGAAAUAAUCUGUGGGAGUAGUGAAAUUACAUUGAGAAAUUUUUGAUGGAACCAGCGUCAAAAAACAGCUUGCAUCCAGUAUACAUGUGAAACGUUGCCCCGCAUGUUCUACAAUACAUGUUACUGUCAUGUCAAUAUGAAAACAAUCUGUCGACUUUGUGUGUUUAUACAUUUAAUAGUUUACGGCACAAAGCAACAUGGUGAAAGAUUUGUUUUUAAUAUGUUGAAGAGUCAUAUUGGAUGCUUGGCUCAGGGAUUUCUUUUGCUAGGUAGCUACCGACAUUUACAAAAUAUUCUUUCAACUCAUUAACUAUUAAUGCAAUUUUAUCAAUGACAGUAUUUUAUCUUUAAUUCAGUAUUCUGGAUAGUCUAUUUUUAGAGCUAUUUGAAUGUUUGAAUGUCGUAUUUCCCAUUUUAUGUGUUGCUUUUAUUCUGCUCUAGUAAUGUGUGAUAAAGAACUCUCUUGCUUGUUAUAUUUACAAAUUUAUUUCAAAAGGCCAUAUACUUUAUUCAAGCAUCUUUUGUUCUGCAUUUAUUAAUAUUUAGAAUGCUUUUUUGUUUUUCAUACAUUCUCUUUCCCUUUCGUCAUCAAUUAUGAACAAUGUUUAUCAUGUAGAGAGAUUGUGGUCGACUGAAAAUAUUUGGGUAUUCGUUUGCAUAGACUUCAGACCGGUUUUGGUUUUCUAGGUCCAAUUUAAAGCAAUGCAACAUUUUGAUCUUAGUCUUUUUUCUGGUAUGAGUUGUUAGCUUUGUACUAAAGAGUGUGUACUUUUUAUCUUAAGUGUAGGAGUUGAAUAAGUACAUGUACACUAGUAUCUGUACUUCUAUUCAAGGGCAUCAUGUUUGCACUUGCCACCAUGAUGUGACCUGUGUGACACUGAGACAUUUUCUGUCCCAGACUUUUCUGUUAUGUCGUCCUUUCAACUUGGCAAUACACAUCACAACACAACUGGGGCAAUCGAGACACAGGUUUUGUUAUAUAAUUUGUGGGGUUAUGUUCAGGCCGCUUUAAUUAUAAAGCGGUUUAGCAGCAAAUCAGUGUAGUAUCGAUGUCGUGCCCUGCUUCACGAGCAGACCCAUAAUAGUAAACACGAGUAUGAGGAACAAUAACAAGGGCUGCUUUAGCAAACCAUUUGGUUUUCGUCAAUUGUUUGUUUUUUUCCUCUCCUCAAGUAUAAACUCUUUUCCCUUAGGCAGCAAAAAAAUAAAUAUAGGUUUUGGAGUGGCCAAGUCCAAAUCUGGACUCGGUAAACCCAAAUGAGAUGUAGGUAUGACCGUAAACUGGCAGUUUAUGCUGGAAAAGCCUCCAACAUGAACAAAUUGAAACAAGCUCAACCUCACACCAUACACAAUACAAUUCAGCUGUGCAAAUUGAAACCCACAUUUUUCGACAUGAUUUUUGGAAUUACCGGUACAUUCAAUCACCAAUCAAUAGUAAACAAGUGCAUCAUAAUAAUGAAACACAAAAGGAACAAUAACAUAGGCUGCUUUUCUUAGCAAAUGUUUUCAUCUUGGUUAAUCUCAAUUCAUUAUGACAUGGUCUUCAGUUAGUAUCGGUCAUUCACAAAAGUGAUCAGCUUCACUUGAGUCAGAGACAAGUUUUCUUGAAAAGUCAUGAGGAAAAUAAUACAUUUUGCACUUAUUCUAUAUGCGCAGGCCAGAAAUCAUUCAUUCAUUCAUACAUUCAUUCAUUUUCUGAACCGCUUCAUCCUCACUAGGGUUGCUGGGUCCUAUCCCAGCUGUCUUCUGACAGUAGGCGGGGGACACCCUGAGCCGGUUGCCAGGCAAUCGCAGGGCACACAGACACGAAAAACCGUUAAGCUCACACUCACACCAAGGGACAAUUAGGAGUGUUAAAUCAGCCUGCCAUUCAUGUUUUUGGAAUGUGGGAGGAAACCGGAGAAAAUCCACGCAGGCACUGGGAGAACAUACAAACUCCACACAGGAAGGCCGGAGCUGGAAUCGAAGUGCCUCUGCACUGUGAAGUCGACAUGCUAACCACUUGACAACCUACCGGGCUGCACCAGAAAUCAAAUAUUUAAAAUAAUGUACAUUUAAUGAAGAUUGUCAUCAUGGAUUGUUAAUAAAAUGUUAUAUUUAGCAAUUUGUCAGCCCACCAGCAAGGGCUGAAAAAAAAGCUACAGACAAAUCUUAUUAAAUUUUAAGAAUUGACAUGUCCCACUGCUGUUAACAUUGGCAAGCAACAUUUGAAACGCUGACUUGAUUACCUGGCUUCGUGUAGAUGUGAUCCAUGGCAACCUAAAAGUUGCCGUUAUGAAGGUUGUAAAUGGUGUUUUUAAACAUGUGAUAGCUGAUCCACAUUAAAGAAGAGCAUGCACUAUGUGGGUGACCCUCACUACGUUUCUCACUCUCUUCUUUUGCUUUGGCGCAACACGUCCCAAAACCAUUGGGAUGUUUUCUUUUUAACUUUUCCUAAAUGUCAUCUUUGUGUCUGCCAUUGGGAGGUUAAAAAAACUGGCGGAAACGGGUUUCCUGCUGUCUUUAAUUUGUCAGUACGUUUUUUUUAACUGUCGGGAAUGAUCUUCCAUUACAUUUCAUUUGUGCAGAAUGUUUUUUUUUAUUGGUGGACGAUGACGUUUUUGUAACAGAGGCGAAAAUGAAUGAAUGAAUGUAUUUUUUUUUCCUUCCUAAAAAAUACAGUACAGUAUCCAAACGAAGUUGGGACAGCUCGACUGAACAGGGAUGGGGCGGUCCCUUUAAGGUUUUCCCGUUUCGACGGGAAAUGUCGAAGUCACCGACAGAUGUGGUGGUCUGCUCCACUUGACAAGCGUCUCGUACUGAGAUGUCUCUGGUUCUUUUUUUUAAUUGAAUACGUUGCUGCAUUUGUUCGUAAACGUACGUAAAUGAGCCAAUGGGGAAAUUGCUGACUUGCAGUAAAUGCACGGUUGUCAUAUUAAGGUUUAAUCAAGCAUUUUUAGCGAGGCCGAAGGAGGCUCUUCGUUGGAGUAAAUUAUGAUUAGAGGAAGAAGGACGAACUCUCCGGGAGCCGUGGAUAUACCCGUUUCCGAUGAAAAAGGCUUGAAGGUAUCGCCUUGCUUGAAAAAGGCGUAAAGGAAUCACUGUUCGUUUUACAGCCAGGAUCAAGGACGUAAACCAGCAGAA